GUUCCUCGCUAAUCCCCAUUUCCCACAAACCCACCGUCCCCUCGCUGCUCCAGCCCAACCACUCCGCCUCCUCCCAGGGCGAGAAGCUUCCAGGAGCAGCUAGGGUUUCCCGUACCGGUCGAUGGCCGUCGCCGACGCGGUGCUGCCCUCGCCGCCGCCCCCGCCCCCGCCGGCGCGGGCCGUCGUCGUGCGCUUCGCCCUUGCCCUGAUGCUGGCGCUCGGGCUCGUCCUCUGCGUCGCGGCGGGAGCCCUCGCCUGCCUGGGCUUCGCCUCUGCGUGGGUCGCCUCCGCGGCCUCGGCUGCCAAGGUCGUGGCGCGCCGCGCCUGGGGCGAGGCCUCCGCUCCUUUCCUCUUCCUCCAGGCGCUCACGUACGGGGCCCUGAAGGUCUGCGUCUACAACUUUCUUGUGUUGCUCGCGCUUACCGUCCUGCAGCAGUUCGUGGCCUACGUGAUUGCAGUUGUAUCUGGAUCCACUUCAGGAUUCAAGAAGAAUUGCUGCCCUCCUCAGAGCGCCUUUGGAGCAAUGAGGCCGGAGUCGGUUGCACGCUUCUUUAGGCUUCUGCGCCCCAUUGUGCUUGGAUUUGUUGCAUAUGUGGCCUUCAUCCUGCUAGCGGUCGCUGGUUUUCUGGUAGCAAUGAUGUCGCCACAUGUGGAGGGAUCGAUGUCUCAGGGAGAAAUGGUGGGUUCGGUGAUCAUGGAUGUGGGGAUAUUUGGUUCGCACGCGACAGCUUGCUUUGUUAUGAUGCCAGCUCUCGUUCUUAGUCUCUGGAGGGAGUACCAGGCAAACAGGAAAGCACCAUCGCAGUUCUGUUGAGACGAAGCUAAGAAGAGAAGGUGGCCGGGGAAGCGAAGCGUACUGCCAUGUGCUCCGCCGUUGAGAUCGGUGAAGAGUUUCGGGGUUGCGGCUCUCCAGUGCCGCGGAUCACCUUCACCGCCAGGAGAGGGACGCCAUGGCUGUACCCCGAGCUGACGGGAGGGGCUCUCUCUCGCUCGCACCGAGCGCGAGCGUCCGUCCCCUUGCCCGAAGCGACGAGUUACUGGGCCGGCAUUUGUUAGUUAUAGUUAGUUUGUUUUUCCUUUUAUUUUUUAAAUUUUAAUUUAUAUUUAUAAAUAUACAUAAUACAAAAAUUUGUUCACACAACUUUUAUAAAAUGUUGAGAGCAUUCAAAAACA